AUGUCUGGCGCCGAAACGGACCACUUCAACACACUUCUUUCCAGCCAUUCGAAAAGUCGGACAAACAGCAAUUUUGCGCAAGUUUUCAUUUGGUUUGAACAUUUAGGCCUAUACUGUGCAGCCCAGUUAUAUACAACAGGAGACACAUAGAGUUGUAAUGGUACGCUUACCAUCGCUCAUUCCUUUUCUCAUCUUCAUGUUGUGUCUGUAUUUGGUGAGUCAGUUAAGUCAAUGCUCAACAGUUUUAAAUCACGAGCGACAAAACAGUGAUGAUGGCCGAAGCAUUUUUCGUCGCAAGAUCAGCCAGUCCGUCAGCCAAGUGUUGAGUCAAAUGUGGCAGUUUUCACCGAGAGCUCACUUAUCGAAAAAGCAGCUGGAAACCGACGACAAAUUCAUCAAUUUGACAGCUUUGCCGAGCAAUGACGAAAGAGCUAUGAACGCGGUGCAAAUAAUCAUUAACCGCGGCUAUCCAGUAGCUUCGUACUCAGUCACGACGUCAGACGGAUACAUUUUGGAAUUGCAUCGAAUCCCUGGGCGUAAAGGUCAGACGUCCGAUUUGGGCACUGGCAAACCUGUCUGGCUACAACACGGACUUCUCUGCUCCUCAGCUGAUUGGCUAAUUACUCCCUCCGAUCAAUCUUUGGCAUUCAUCCUAGCAGAUCUUGGUUACGAUGUAUGGCUCGGCAAUGCUCGCGGCAACGUUUACUCACGCAAGCAUAAGACCCUGACUCACACCCAAAAGUCUUACUGGGAUUUCUCGUCAGUAUUAAAUUCCCCCUAUAUUUUUUAAUAAUUCAUUUGAAAUAAAAAUAUUGAGUUUAUGCA